AUAGUCGACCACCACCAGUUUGUACAAAAAAUGCAAAAAUAAGUACUCGAAAGACGUACAGUCAUUUUAACUCUCGGUUAUUAAUUGCUCGUGUUUUGUGUGAUUGUAUAUAGAUAAUUUGGUGAAAUUUAUCACCCAGACUAUUUGGUAGCUGUUAAGAUAGUGUUUGCAAAACGACAGAGCCAAAGCGUCAAACGAGGGAAGCGAGUGAGGAGAGAAUGAAAAUGAAGCGCGAGAGCAAUGACGGCGAUGGACCACAGGACCAGAAGCGCAACAGACGGAACGAGGACAUGGUCCGUAUACUAAUACCGAGCAGUAUUGCUGGCGCUGUCAUCGGCAAGGGAGGCCAACACAUACAGAAGAUGCGCACUCAGUAUAAAGCCACUGUGUCUGUGGACGAUUCCCAAGGCCCCGAACGCACCAUACAAAUAUCGGCGGAUAUCGACUCCACGCUGGAGAUCAUCACCGAAAUGCUAAAAUAUUUUGAAGAGCGCGAUGAUGAAUUCGAUGUGCGCUUGUUAAUCCAUCAGAGCUUGGCCGGUUGUGUCAUUGGCAAGGGUGGCCAAAAGAUCAAAGAGAUACGCGAUCGCAUUGGCUGUCGGUUCUUGAAGGUCUUCUCAAAUGUGGCGCCGCAGAGCACAGAUCGCGUGGUGCAGACGGUUGGCAAGCAGACGCAGGUCAUCGAUGCUGUGCGUGAGGUGAUUACGCUGACCAGGGACACGCCCAUCAAGGGGCCCAUACACAACUAUGAUCCGAUGAACUUCGAUCGAGUCUAUGCGGAUGAGUAUGGCGGCUAUGGCACCGGCACCGGCAGCACCCGUCCCAGCCAGCGUGGCAACAGUCGCGGCAAUGGCGGCGGCGGCAGCGGAGGAGGAGGCGGCGGCGGUGGUGCUGGUGGUGGAGGCGGCGGCGGCGGCGGAGGUGGUGGUGGGUUUGGAGGCGGCGGCAAUGGUGGUCGUGGCAAUGAUCGUUUUGGUGGCGGUCGCGGAGGUGGCGGUGGCGCAGGUGGUGGUGCCACCGGCCUCGGUGGCAUGGGCGGACCACGCGACAAUCCCUUCAUUAAUCCAUGGGCCAAUGGCGGUGGUGGCGACGGAGACGGCUUCGGCGUUGGCAAUAAUGGCGGCGGUUUCGGUGGCAGCAACUUUGGUGGCGGUGGCCCAUUCGGUGGUGGCAACUUUGGCAAUAAUGGCUUCGGCGGUGGCCCCAACGAUUUUGGAGGCGGUAACCAGCUUGGCGGUGGCGGCGGCACCAGCAAUCUGCCCAGUCUGGGGAACUUUGGACAGAGCCAAGGCAGCAACAGCGGCGGUGCUGGCUUCGGAGCCGGCAACAACAGUUUGGGCAAUGGUCUGGGCGCUGGAUUUGGUGCCGGCAACAAUAGCCUGGGCAACGGUCUCGGCUCAGUGAACAAUGGCGGCGUUGGUGGACUAGGUGCUAACAAUGGUUCCGGCGGCUUCAAUGCCGGUGGCGGCAACAGCGGUUCAAAUAAUAGCACGAACGCGUCAUCCAACAUACCCCAGGGUCAUGAUCCCAACAACAGCACACAAGUCACCAUUCCCAAGGAUCUGGCUGGCGCCAUCAUUGGCAAAGGCGGCGGCCGCAUUCGUCGCAUUCGAAACGAGUCGAGUGCGUAUAUAACCAUUGAUGAGCCUCUGCCCGGUUCGAAUGACCGAAUCAUCACCAUCUCGGGCACACCCAAGCAAAUACAAAUGGCCCAGUAUCUGCUGCAACAGAGUGUGCACGAGAAUGGCAGACGAAACAUUUGAGUGGGCAGCAGUGACAACAACAACCACCAACAAAUAGAUGGAGAAGCUGGAGCAAAAGAAGAGCCAUCGAUGUGCUAAGCUGCCUUCACAAUUAACUUUAAAAUUUACUAAACAAGAAAACAAAAAGAAACAACUAAAAAGCAAAAGCAACUGAUUAUGAGUCCCCCAAUAUAUAGAACGUAAUAAUAUAAUAUUUCUUGUGUAAGUUUAAGUAAAUUCUACCUUUAAAAAUGCCCCAGCUACAUACAUAUAUAUUAAAAUUGUGGCCCUUUUCACCCCCACAGCCCCCUCCCCUCCCCCACCAGCCUGUCAAAAAACUACAUAUAUAUUUACAUGAAUAAGGAGCAUGAACAAAUAAAGUAUAAAUAAACACGGAAUUUAUCUCGUU